AUGUCAAAAGACCAGGCUGCAGCCAAAGUCAAACAUUUGUUUGCAACGAUGAGGUCAAAAACCAAAAAGGGGAUGCCUCUAGCUGCACCAAAUGGGUUUUCUCCAUCCGACAUGGAGCACAUCGCAAAAUGGUGCUGUAGGCAUCUUGGUCUUACUGAUCUCGAUGUCAGCCCUAGCAUAACAAUGUCGUCAGCUGGGCCAAGGACGCCAGAUGAACCGCAGCCACAAACACCUCCGGAGGACACGUCCAAGCGGACUGAAGCACAGACACUGCUCCCGCACCACACCCAUCAGCCAACAAAGUCGGUUCUCAGACAUCCGGCUGACCGAAACAAAAGAAAACGUAGUAUCCAGUACGCUCCGGAUGGAGACCUGAAAACAGAGGUCACGAUUCCCUCGUACAAGUCAUUGGGCGAAGGUUUGUGGUUUCAGUGUCCCGGGUCCUUGGUCAAUUGCGAUCAUUGCAAUCGGUUGGUGCCGCAGGCGAUGGGCUCUUUGCAGGGAGCUCCAGCCAGAUCGCAGUUUGCACAAAAUUUGUUUCUUUGCCAAGAAUGCUCCGCUCGAGCCCAGUGA